UGAUGAGAAGCUUGAAUUUCAAUUUCCUCAGAAGUCCUGAAAUUUGAAGCUGUGUAGGAAUAUAAAGAAUACAUAAGAGUAAAAAGAUUAUAAAAAGGAACACAAGAUUUUUGUUUACAACAUCCCCUUUCCUUUGAAGAAGAAUAGUUGGAACCAAAGAGACAUCAGAAUGAAUUGCUGCUCAGUGCUACCUUUGAUGCUGGGAAUUCCUCUGCUGUGGCCUGGCCUUAUGGAGAUAGAAAACGUGGAAACAAAGAAUGUUAAGCAAGCAGUUGGGUCUCAUUUGAGAGUGAAGCGUGGCUGGGUGUGGAAUCAAUUUUUUGUGCCAGAGGAGAUGAAUACCAGUCAUCACAUUGGAAGGCUCAGGUCUGAUCUAGACAAUGGAAACAAUUCUUUCCAGUACAAGCUUUCAGGACCUGGAGCCGGAAGCAUUUUUGUCAUUGAUGAAAGAACAGGUGACAUAUAUGCCAAACAGAAGCUUGAUAGAGAGGAGCGGUCCCUGUACACCCUGAGAGCCCAGGUAACAGACAUCACUACUGGAAGGGCUGUGGAACCUGAGUCUGAGUUUGUCAUCAGAGUUUCGGAUAUCAAUGACAAUGAACCAAAAUUCCUAGAUGAACCUUAUGAGGCCAUUGUACCAGAGAUGUCUCCAGAAGGUACUUUCGUCAUCCAGGUGAUAGCAAGUGAUGCUGAUGAUCCUGCAAGUGGCAACAAUGCUCGCCUCCUGUACAGCUUACUACAAGGCCAAGCAUAUUUUUCUAUAGAGCCAACAACAGGAGUCAUCAGAAUAUCUUCCGAAAUGGAUAGAGAACUGCAAGAUGAGUACUGGGUAAUUGUUCAAGCCAAAGAUAUGAUCGGCCAGCCUGGAGCACUGUCUGGAACAACAAGUGUAUUAAUUAAACUUUCAGAUAUUAAUGAUAAUAAGCCUAUAUUUAAAGAAAGCUUUUACCGCUUAAAUGUCUCUGAAUCUGCACCCAUUGGGACAUCUAUAGGAAGAAUUUUGGCAUAUGACAGUGACAUAGGAGAGAAUGCACAAAUGGUUUAUAGCAUUGAAGGUGAUGAUUCCCAGGCAUUUGACAUAAUUACCAAUAAUGGGACCCAAGAAGGAAUAAUUACAUUAAAAAAGAAAGUAGAUUUCGAGCACCAGAGUCAUUAUGGUGUUAGAGCCAGAGUUCAAAACUUCCAUGUUGAUGAGCAGCUCCUGAAAUAUCAUGAAGACGCCUCCAGUACUUUCAUUAAAGUCCAAGUGGAAGAUGAAGAUGAGCCUCCUGUUUUCCAGCUCUCGUAUUAUGUGUUGGAAAUAUUUGAAGAAAACCCACAGGGAUCAUUCGUAGGCAUAGUGUCUGCCACAGACCCAGAUCAAAGGAAUUCUCCUAUUAGAUAUUCUGUUAUUGGAAGCAAAGUAUUCAGUAUCAAUGACAAUGGCACGAUAAUUGCCACUUACCCACUGGACAGGGAGGUUUGUGCCUGGUACAACCUGAGUGUCACAGCCACAGAGACAUACAAUAUACAACAGAUCUCUUCAGUCCCUGUGUCCGUACAAGUUCUUAACAUUAACGAUCACGCUCCUGAAUUGUCUCAGUUCUAUGAGACCUAUGUUUGUGAGAAUGCAGUCUCUGGUCAGAUAAUUCAGACCAUCAGUGCAGUAGAUAGAGAUGAAUCCCUGGAAGAUCACCAUUUUUCUUUUAAUCUAUCUGUGGAAGACUCAAACAACUCAAGUUUUACAAUCUCAGAUAACCAAGAUAACACAGCUGUAAUAGUCACUAAUAGAACUGGUUUUAGCCUUCAAGAAGAGCCCAUCUUCCACAUAACCAUCUUAAUUGCGGACAAUGGAAUCCCACCACUUACGAGUACAAACACCCUUACCAUAUACGUCUGUGACUGUGAUGACAGCGGGAGUACUCAGGCCUGUGCUAAUAAGGGUCUUAUGUUUUCCAUGGGAUUCAGGACAGAAGUCAUGAUCGCUAUGCUGGUGUGCGUUGUGGUAAUAUUUGGGUUCAUUUGUUUGAUGUUGGCUCUGAAACAUCAAAGAAAGCAGACUCUGUUUCCGGAGAAAAGUGAGGAUUUCAGAGAGAAUAUAUUCAGAUAUGACGAUGAGGGAGGUGGAGAAGAAGACACAGAGGCCUUUGAUAUCGUGGAGCUGAGGAACAGCACGACCAGGCGGGGAAGAAGGACCCGGCAGAGCAGCCCUGCGGCCCUGCGGAUGCUGUACCGGCAGUCCUUGCAGGUGGGCCCGGACAGCGCCCUGUUCCGCAAGUUCAUCCUGGAGAAGCUGGAGGAGGCCAACACUGACCCCUGCGCACCCCCCUUCGACUCGCUGCAGACCUUUGCUUUUGAGGGAACGGGGUCGCCAGCCGGGUCCCUGAGCUCCCUAGGUUCAGCACUCACAGAUCAGGAUGGAAAUCUUGGUGACCUUAAUGAGCUGGGACCUCGUUUCAAAAGAUUAGCAAGCAUGUUUGGGUCUUCAGUGCAGUCAAACCAUUAGGGUUUUGCAACAUCAGAACUCAG